CGUAAUGUUUGUAAAUAUGGAGGAUAAGAGCACGUGUAACGGGAGUAUAAUAAUCUUUUUGAUACUUAAUAUGAAUAAACGAGGCGGAAAUUAAUGGACAUUUUAAAAGAAUAUUUAAGUUCGGACGAUUCAAACGAAGAGUUUGAAGCUCAGAAUGAACGAUGUGAUUAUUUUCAGCUCAAUGAAGAAGACGACGACGACGACGACAACGAGGAGGACGAAGUUAAAAGAGAAGAAGAGAAAAUUCGUGCAGAAUUACGAAUACAAGAAGAAACUCAGGUUUUACACUCUUCUAAUUACGGCCCAAAUCCUGAAGAGGAAGAGGAGGAUGCUGACGACAGAUCGAUAAAUAAGUUUAAUAAAAAAUCCAGGACCUGUUCAGAACGGAAUUCAAAAGCAAAGUUUCCUAAAUUAUCCAAUAAAAGUAUAGAUAAUGAAUUUUCACAGAUAGAAACUAAAUCAGUAGUUGACUUAUCAGAUAGUUCUUUCUUCUAUACACCUUUCAAUGUUCCAGCAAUAAGUGAGAAAUUACCUUCGUAUAUGACUAAUAAAAUUAAUGCACAUUCUCAGUGUAUAAGCAAACUAAAUUGGUCGCCAUCAUUUCCUCACCUUCUACUUUCAUCAUCAUUUGAUUGCACGGUUAAAGUAUGGAACUUAUUAUCUGCAAAGUGCGAGAGGGAAUUUAAUAAUCACGCAAAGGGAAUUAAAGCUGGCAUCUGGACUUUGUGUGGCAGGAAGAUUUUCUCUGGAGGAUACGACUGUAAAGCAAAUCACAUAGAUGUCGUUACUGGUAAAGUACUCAAUACUUAUUUCCACAGUAGUUAUGUCACCUGUGUUCGAGCUCAUCCAGAAAAUGUGAAUGUCUUGUUAACCGGGUCGAAAAAUUCCAUAAAGAUCUUUGACGUCCGCACAGACUCCAAGCGAUGUGUAAAGAAGACUUCUUUCAAUUUUGGACAGGUGUUGGAUUUAGCAUUUUUAUCUUCCGGCAAGGAGAUUAUUUGCAGCACCGAUCUGGUGUCAAAAGAUUCUGCCGACCGCACGAUUAUGGCUUGGGAUUUUGAAACCGGAGCAUUAUUAUCUAAUCAAAUUUAUCAGGAGAGAUACACUUGUCCUUCAUUGAAAGUUCAUCCAUCAGGAGUGAAUUUUAUAGCCCAAACGAAUGGAAAUUACAUUGCAGUAUUUUCAUCCACAAGACCAUAUAAAAUGAAUAAGAACAAGCGUUACGAGGGCCACAAGGUGUGCGGAUAUAACAUUGAUUGCGAUUUCAGUCCUGAUGGAAAUUUCAUAUUAAGUGGUGACGCGGAAGGGUCAUCGUAUAUUUAUAAAACGGAUAAUGCCAAACUAGUGAAAAGAUUGAUUUGUACAAAUGAUUCUCCUGUAGUGAGUGUAUGUUGGCAUCCAAAAUUAAUGAAUACUUUAGCCAUUGGAACUUGGAAUGGUCAGUUACAAUUUUGGAAAUAAUUUCACAAAUGUAUAUAAUUUUUAGUUUGUUAAUAUAAAAGA